UAUGCUGAUGGUAUUCCAGAACUCUUUUCAACCCAUGUUGCCUUACAAGCGCUUAAAAAUGUUGGUUUUGAAAUAGAAUAUGCUCAAGAUAUAGCUAUCAAUGAUGAUCCCAUACCUUGGUAUUAUCCUCUUGAAGGUGAUCUUAGAGGUGCUCAAACUUUGGGUGAUUAUUUUACUGUUUUCCGUAUGACUAGAUUAGGCAGAUUUUGUACUAGAGCUUUGAAACUUGGUAUUGCACCUGCUGGCUCACUUCAAACUCAAAGUGUACUUGAGACUGCUGGUGAUUGUAUCGUUGAAGGUGGAAGAUUGGGAAUUUUUACUCCUAUGUAUUUGUUAGUUGCAACGGUACUUAAUCGUGAAUUGUUUCGACGCACCGUUGAAGUUAUUGGAGUACGUGUACCUACAAACUCAGUAGCAAAGUUUUUAAAAGUGAUUUAUGCACGUUUUUCUGAAUUUUUGUUGAUAUUUAAUGAAUAUAGGGAUUUGUUCAAUCAACCAAAACUGAAAAAUGUUGUGAACGAUCCUGAAUCAUCAAAUACAAAAAUUAUCUUGUUGAAUCCUAAUGUUGAAAAUGAUAUAAUUAAGGCAAUAUUACCAAGUGGUGUUGAAUCUCCAACAUCAUUUACUCAG